AUGGCUACGCACAGUAAUUUUUCUGCUGGAAGUGGGAGAGUAAAAUUAUGGGGGAGAGAGGACAAAAAUAGCAUUUUCAAACUGAACCUGCAAAACAGUAAAUUCCUCUUUCAUAUCACUUUCUCAGCUGACAAAUUGUAA